AUGAUUAACGGGUUUUGUAAGAAGGGUGAUAUGGGGAGUGCAGGAGAAUUUGAAGCUGCAAUGAAGUAUCUGGAUAAGAUGGUGAAAGGGGGUUACUUGCCUGAUGUAUUCACCUAUAAUGCUAUUAUAUAUGCUUUGUGUCUCGAAGGGGAAGUUGGUGAGGGAAGGAAGAUGAUAUACCAGAUGAGGUUGAAUGGAGUGAAGGAUAAUACUGCAACUCACUUGAGUAUAUUAAAGGGGCUUUGUGUUAUGGGGAGUUCUAAAGAAGCCAUUGAAUAUUUUAGGUGGACGGACAGUUGUAAUAUGGAUUUGGAUGCAAAAGCAUAUAUAGUUGUUGUGAAUGAGUAUUGCAAAUUGAGGAAGCAUGAUGAAGCAAUUUUGCUUCUGAAGGGAAUGCAUGGAAGAGGCAUUAAUCCGAAUUUUUCUAGUUUCAAUUCAGUGUUUAGGACUCUCGUGGAGUUAGGGGAGCUUGAUAGAGCUGUUUUGCUUCCAAAACAGAUGCCACAAAUAGGUUGCACGCCAAAUUUCUUGUCAUAUAAAACCGUGAUAUAUGGUCUUUGUAGGGCUGGAGGUAGGAUGCAAGGGGUUAAAUACCUUCUCGAAGACAUGCUUCAAAAUGGUAUUCUUACUGAUGCCAGAAUGUACAGUUGCAUAUUUGAGGGAUACAGUGUGGAUGGAAAUGAAGAAACGGCAGUGCAAGUUUUUAAUGAAAUGAUUGGUAAGAGUUAUCUCAUCAGUUUGGAGAGUUUCUCAAAAUUUGUCAAAAUGUUGUGUGCAAAAGGGCUGAUUGUUAUGGCUGAAAAAAUUUUUGAGGACAUUUGUAGGACAUGCCCAUCAGUUGAAAGGGAUAGUUAUAGAAGAGUCUUAGAUAAGCAUCUGCAAAUAACUCAAGGCUCAAGUAAGGAACAUAGAGGAGAAGAGAGUUCUUGA